AUGUCUGCAAUUGUACGGCCACCUGUUAAUACUAAGGUUAAGCGUGAUGAAAUUCAACAUGAGAUUGAACAAAUAUUUGCUGAUUUUGAGGAAUUAGAGCAACAAAGUCAUGAUCAGGAAUCUCUUGUCAAUCGGAAUAUUCUAUUAAUUGGACCUUCAAAGAGUGGGAAAACAACAUUGAGUCAUGUUUUAAUUGAUCCACGAUAUGUAGCUGAAGAAUUUUCGCUGCGUUCAAAUUUGCAAACAGGAGCAACUUAUGACCUAAGAAUUCAUUUACCAACGUCAAAGUUAAUAUUGAAUAUUGUUGAAUUGACUGAGGAAAUGAUCAAUAGAACAUAUAAUCUAUCGGAAAUCAAUUCAGAAUGUAAUCGUCUUGACAUUCAAGGUUUUCAUGCUAUUUGUUUUUGUAUAUCCUUUGAUACCGGUAUUAAUGGAAUAGCUCUACAAUCGCUCGAACGUUUUAUCUAUUAUUUAGGCCAAGAUCGCGCGAAACCACAUUUAUGCAUGAUUAUUACUCGAUGUGAAUCGAAGGAUGAUGCACAACGAGAUAAAUUACUUGAUGAAUUCAAAAAUGAUACUGAACAUAAACGAAUUUCAGAGAGUUUUGGACGUGGAAUCCAUUUUUUUGGCGCUCUUAAUCAUGAUGAUUGGAAUCGAGCUAAUGAAGCACUCAUUGAUCAAUUCGAAACUGUUUACAAUUAUCGAAAAAAUCUAUUGCGUCUCAUUCGAACUGAUAUUAAACCUUUUCAUAUGCCAGCAGACCAAUCAGAAUCUCAUCGACUAUCUUCAAUAUCAAGGUUAUUUUUCAAAAUUUAUAAUAUGAGAAAGUGA